AUGGAUGACGGCGAGCAUUUCUGCAAUAUUUGUGGAGGACCACUGUCCAGAAACUUCGUCCAGCAUUCUACCUAUGACCCAUAUCUUACUGCCGAAAACGACACUUAUUGGCUUGGAUUGACCAGGAUCGUGCGUGCCAAUGUUCAUGAUGGAGAGGACUCAGACGAAGAAGGCGCAUACUAUAUUAGUAUGAUGGGAACAUACGAAUACGAGCCGUCGCGUAUCUUUCGAACAAAUUUAAAUGGGCCUGAAAAUGAGCUCGAGUUCGCCGCGUGGGAUGAGGGGUUCGUCGUCCACAACGCGUGCUUUAUGAUGCUUCUUGAAAUCGGUAUGGGUGAUAAACACAUGACCACAAUGGGACGCGAGAUAUUUCUCCGAAUGCAGAUGCGCAUGCCCAUGAGCAAUGGCACCGUUAUCAACUGGGGUGAUUGCUACUAUGGCGGCACCGGACCGUUCCAGGGACAUAGGUGGAUGGCUCUAGAUGGAUACGAGUGGCUUGUUACAAACCCCGACUAUGAACCGGACUUCUCUGAGCUCCUGGAAGACGCAAGGCGCGACGGUCCAGAGGAGAUCAAUGCGAAGUUGUGGGACGAAGCAAAAGACUACGAAUAUGUUGAUCCAUUCUGGCGCUUCCCAGUUGAACUGCGUCACGAGAUUCUGCACCUUCUCCCAUCUGAGUCGCUCUUCGAUAUCCUGCGAGCGAGCCCGGCCUUUUGUACAGCCAGCACUGCCUUUUCAAACAAGUAUUGGUACUCCGUGAUUGAGGACAGGAUGCCCUGGAUGGAGCACACUGCGCUCAGCAAGAUACUGUCCGAGAUGGAGAGCCCAAUGGACUAUAAGAGUCUCGCAGCACGGCUGAUUGAGGUUACUGUCACUCCUGAUGACAGGAACGGACCGUGGGACGAGUAUCUAGGUCUGCAGAACCGCCGUAGAAUUAUGCUGUGCAUUGAUCGCAUUCUUGAUGACAUUGAAGACUCUGUUGCAAGCGAAGACAACCACGAAGGCGUCUCAACACAGAUACUAAGCCUCUCCAGCUUUCGAGCGGUGACGUUCUCGUGGGAUGUCUCAAUUAAUAAGAAAAAUACAGACGUCUAUAUCAGACCCGCGAUUGACAAUCCGCCCAGUCCUAAGAAUGUCAAAGUGUAUUUUGGGCCGGACGGCGACAUGGUUGGUAUAGAGUUCUUUCUGGAAGGAGAUAAGUCCGGUCGUCUCGUGGGUUAUCAAACCAACUCGCUUCAGAGUGUGUCGUUUCCAAAGGAUAUGGUCAUAAACGGCUUCGUCAUAUCGCUUGGUCCGAUGCGUCAGUCCCGCACAAACUAUACGAUACAGGGCAUUGCAAUAAUAGCAGAUGGCGACUACCACCGUCCUUAUGCCAGGCUCGGUCAUUGGACCAAUAAUGACCUUGUUCACGUCCUAUGCGCAAGGACCAUCGAAACGUUGGUUGGUUUCAGUGCGCAAUACUGCGAAGCCCAUAUCGUUCAGUUCGGUAUAAUCGUCGCGGAUCUAGCUGCAGCCUCCCCGGGAUUCGUGUGGGAUAUGGAAGUAGACCUGCUGGGGACUACUCGCUGGAUCGGCAAUUGGCCAUCGCCUGACAAUGAGCCUGCGAGACUCAUGCCGAGCCCGAAGCAAUUCAGCACUAGGACCCAGGCCCCCGUACAGUUCCUUGACUUCUGUUUCCGUACAAUCGACUGCAUCGAGGCAUUCUUCCCUUUCGGCCAGGGCAAAGCAAUCGGCGGCUUGCUCUUCAAGUUUACCGACGGGAUUCAGAAGCUAGUCGGUAAAGCUGAGAACGAUAAAUCUAUCUCAGAAUUUGCAUGUAACGAAGUCACUUUUAACCCGGGCAAUGAGCAGAGAAUCACCGGCGUGGCUAUUAAUUGCACUGAUAAACGUCUGGGGCACCCCGAGCCUUGUGGAGUAAACAGCAUCGUGUUCAUUACAGAGCCGAAAUCGAAUAAUAUGAUACUGGGAUAUCGAAGAUUUCGGUCUCCGGGCGGCUACGACCUCCUCAAGGGCCCGUACGAAUACUACGAUACGGAGCGUCCCACGGUUGGAAUGCAGUUCAUCUUCUCACAGGGAGUGAUCACCCAGCUAGGCCUCAUGCACUAG